GGCCCUCCGGCCCCGGGCCGGCGGGUGAACUGGGGGGCCUCGGGACAGGCCGAGCCCUCUGCCCUGCAGAUACCGGAGGCCUCUGCUGUGGCUGCCCACUGGCUGUGCCCAGACCUUGAAGCCGCAGCGAACCUCUCUUUCCCAUCCCACCUCGGUGACUGAUGGCGGCCGUGGCGUCUCCCAGCUCGGACCCCGCCGGCACCCGGGUCUCCCGACCCAAGCCUGCUGGGCCUCGACGAAACCCCCGCAGAGCCGCCAGGACGCAGCGCCUUUGGGCGGCGCCGGGCGUGGUGGGCCGGGAAGUAUGGCGGCUGCUCGAACGCCGCGCGGCGGAGGCCAUUAAGGCGUGGACGGCCCGGGAAGGCGGCCUAGGGACGCAAGCAGGCUCGGUCGCCUCUUUCGGCCACGGAGCCGCGCAGAUCCGGUUCCCGGUUGACCACUCUGUCGCCAUUGGGCGAGACCUACCUAGUCCUGACGACAACGGACAAAGGCCUUAAGGGGCCUGAAAGCAACCUCCAGUCCUGCAAGCUUCAUUCCUGAAUGGUAGAAAGCAGUCUUCAGCCUGAGACCCAUCCCUAGACUCUAUGGCACAAAGAGGCACUACAGAAAAUCCCAGAAUUUAUUCCGACUGAAGCAAUAUGCAACUGGCAAAACUGGCAGCUGAAAGGAUCCUGAAUCAGAAGGAUUUUAAAUGCCGUUUUGGCACAGGAUGUCAGAGCACAAGCAUGGUGAAGAGGAAUCUGUGUCAGGAAGAAGGUGGAAGAGAUACGACAUUGGUCAAACAGAGAAUUGAUAAAAUAAGAAAACAAGUUGAAAAAAUAAAACAAAACCAGGUGCCAAAUUUCUCAAAGCCAGAGAAUGGAUUAAAAAUAUGGAAUGGAAAUAAACAAGUAUGAAGCCUGAUGAUUAAACUGGAUGUAUCAGUAAUGAAAUCAUGGAAUCUAAAAAAAAUCAAUAUAAAUGUGUAUGUAUGCAUAUAUGGAGAGAGAGAGACAGAGAAACAGACAGACAGAGGGAGAGGCCAAGCAACUGGUACAAGUGAUACCCUAAUCGCAAUGAGGACACUGAACCCCCAGAUCUUGGUUCUCAAUAACAUGCUCCAUUGAAAAGCAUGAGGCCUGAUUCUGGAGCUGGUGCAGAAAAAUUACAAGAUGAUCCUGGAAUAUAUAUUGUUAAAAAUUAAGACAAUGUUGAAAGGAUAAUAAGGUCAUCCUGAAAGAUUAAAUUGUUGUCAGUUUGAGAUUUUAAAUAAUUAAUGGCAAAAUGGAUUACUACUCAUUGAAUCAAAGAGAAAAACGUGAGCCCAUAUUGUUAUAAAUAAGUAAAUGCAUAUAUUGAAAGCUUAAUUAGAAACAUAGUUUCAAAAUAAACUCCCCUAAAAUACCUAAGAA